UAUUUUAUGAUGUGUCCCGUGACUUUGAGGACAUGUUUGAUGAUCUUAAAUAAACAUUACAGUCAGAAACCUAGAAUAGAAUAGAAUGCCUUUAUUAGUCCCACAGCGGGGAAAUUCUCAUCAGCAGCCAGCUUGACCGGCGCUAGUCCGACAGUGGAAGCAAUUGCAGUACAAACAAUAAAAACACACGCACAUACAGUGGCACACAGUACAAGUGGAAACCUUGCAGGAAUUUGUUCUUGGGUUCAUCAGGACAGAUGGAUAAGGCCGGAGAGCAGACAGUGAGACUGUAAGGUGGGGUGGGAGGGGGUGUAUCUGCAUCAGUGUGGUGAAGUGUUGUUUAUAGAAGUAUGACCGAGGCUGUUUACAGGUCAGUCCAACAGUUGUCCUUGAAGGGAGUCACAACAGGGGAAGAGGAUAGAUAGAGGCACAGCUGGUGAGCUAGAUUGGACCUGGGAAGGGAGGGGUGAGGGAGAAGGGACAGAGUUAUACACAGCCAACCUGUUGAUUUUUCUCUCAUAUUUGUUAGUUUUUCGAAGCAAAGCUCUGCCUCAGUAAUUUAGUAGAAACCAGAUGUGUAAAACAGGGCCCUGAGAGGAGGACUUUGUUUCUCUGGUCGUUGUAAACAAACAUUCCACAGACUUCCUGCCAAUUCCAGCAGUGAGAAGUCGUCAUGAAUAUGCCAGCGUCUACUUGAACCUGGGUCACAGCUAAUGGGGUUAGAGGUGAUGAUGGGGGUGGGCUGAGAGCCAACUCAGUAUAAAGCUACAAGACCGGAUGUCCGUCAUUCUCCUUUUAACAGUUUUCCUCUCUGUGAACACUGCUUCUCCUGGAAGAAUGAUCUUCCCUGUCAGUCCUUCAGGACGGCGGGUCACCCAGCCUCCACCUAAUAUGAAGCCACCAUACCUGCCAAUUCUCUUCUCUUUCUCCUCCCUCUACUCCCCAUCUCAGAGUCCAGCCAUCAUCCAACUGGAUGCUUAAAAGGAAUGGGCUUGACCAUAUCUGCUCAGAGACACAGCCAACCAACCUCGCCCAGUGACUCGUCAGAUGUCUUCUAUGAUGCCAAAAUCAAAGUGUCCCAACAAUCCAUGAGAGAGAUUCGGACACUUUUGGAAGGUGAAGACAACUGGAGGACGGGAGCUCUGGACAACGCCAUCAGCCAGAUUCUGAUCGAUCUUAAACCACAUGAUUAUGAGGCCUGGAGGUGGCGUUUUGAAGACACCUUUGGUGUGGAGAUUGACACACUGAUAAAAAUCACACUGUUUAUACUGCUUGUUGUAGCCGUCAUCUGCACUCAGCUGUGGUCAGUCGUGUCCUGGUUUGUGCAGUUCAAAAGACUGUUUGCAUUCUGCUUCUUCGUCAGUAUUAUCUGGAACUGGUUUUAUUUGUACAAGAUCGCCUUUGCUGAACACCAAAAUAACAUGGUGAAGAUGGAUGGUAUCAAUGAAAAAUGCACUGGAGUGAAGAAAAUUGACUGGAUUGAUAAUCUAAGUGAGUGGUACAGAAGCACUUGGACUCUUCAGGAUGACCCUUGUAAGAAGUACCAUGAAGCCAUACUAGUCAAUCCCAUUCUUCUAGUUCCUCCAACCAAGGCCAUCUCAGUUACCAUCACCACCUUCAUCACAGAGCCGCUGAAGCACCUUGGCCAAGGGAUUAGUGAGUUUCUUCGAGCCCUCCUCAAAGAUCUACCUGUGACCUUACAGAUCCCCGUUCUAUUAACUAUCGUACUCUCUAUUUUGGUGUUCAUGUAUGGAAGCGUUCAGGCAGCCUUCCAGCACGGCAUCACUGCUCCUCUACGGCGCCACCGGAGGGAUCCACCUGCUCCACAACUGGAAGAACCGCAGCCUCCGCUCCAGAGAAUUGAGGGCCAGGCUCCCUUAGCAGUAGGAGAUGCACCACAACAAGCUCAAUUGAAUGAAGCCAAUGAUCCCAGAUUACAGAGGAACCAGGUUCAUCAAAGACGAGUCCACAGGCCUGUAUUUGUUGAAAAUAUAGGAAAUGGCACUGGUGCUUAUAGUGAGGAUGAGAUGGAUGCUGCACAGCGCGAGGCUCAGCAGACUGACUCUGCAAUGUCAGACCCAGAGACCCAGCAGGGCCCAGCUGAAGCAAGUGGUGGCAAUGGUGCUGUCCAAACGAGAACUAAACCCACUGAAUCAAAAUCAGCUCAGUCAAAGAAAAAACCUUUGAACGUGAAGAACAGUUCACAAGAUGAAGCCAGCAAAGAGGAUGCAGCAUCCAGACCUCAGCCAGCAGCAAGACGGCCUUCGCAGAAUGAUGUUGAGGACGUGGGAACCUCGUCUGAAGAUAAGACACCAUUUGAAUCAGUUCCAGUUCAAGAGACGUGUCCAGUAGAGUAGAUGGAUUCUACAUCAUCAAAGCAGAACAGAGACAGACAAGUUUACCAGCAUUAAUCAGCCUUUGUUUACUUUACUGUUACUUAAGUGUGUCUGUGGGAAAAUUGCUAAAGUGUAAAUAAAUGGGUUUUGUAAUUUUUAUGGGAUCAAAUAUUUAUUUUUGUGUUUUUAAAUAAAUAAUGUGUUGCUGAUUAUUAA